CUACUUUCUCUCCAUGGUGGCGGGGUACGUGGUCUAUCAACGCUCUACAUCCUGGAGAACAUCAUUUGCAGGUUGAACAGCUGUCGUAGAGCGGCCGACCUUCCGCAAGUGAAGCCGUGCGAGAUGUUUGAUCUGAUUGGAGGCACAAGCACGGGAGGGCUUAUCGCGAUCAUGCUCGGUCGGCUUGAGAUGAGCGUCGACGAGUGCAUCGUCGCAAACAGUGACCUCACGGAAACGGUGUUCGGUCAGAAGUUGAGUCGCAUUCCAGUUGAUCUCAAAGGCAAAGUCGAGGCGCAAUUCGACUCUGUGCAGCUUGCAAGCGCGAUCAACAAUACUAUAGCACAAUGCAGUGCAUCUGGGACGGACCUGUUUGAUGAUGGGACAAACAGAUUCGUGUGUUCUAUCAAUCACUACACAAAGGACAUGGUGCAUCUUCGAAGCUACGAGCUUCCACACGAACCCAGCAUUCGUGCAAUGAUAUGCCAAGCUACAUUGGCCACGUCCGCUGCCACAACCUUUUUCGAUCCUGUCAGCAUCGGAGACCGUCGCUUUGCCGAUGGAGGCUUUGGCGCAAGCAACCUGAUGGACGAGUUAGAAGGAGAAACCGCCAAUAUCUGGUGUCCGAAAACCGGAUACCUGAAGCCUCUUGUCGAGUGUUUCGUCUCGAUUGGCACGGGAAACCCAGGCAAGAAGGCGUUUGAGGACAGUCUCCUCGGUUUCCCCACAAAGACAACGAUUAGCAUAGCGACGGAAACAGAGCAUACAGACAAGAAUUUCAUCGGCAGGCGGGCUAAAUACUUCGACGAGAAGCGAUAUUUUCGUUUCAAUGUCGAGCAGGGACUGCAGGAUGUUGGGCUUGAGGAGCACAAGAAGAAGAGGGCCAUCGAAGCAGCUUCGUAUAGAUAUCUCACACACACGGCACAGAAGCCGCGAGCGCGAGAGUGCAUCCAGAACUUGAGCUCGAAGCAGAGUGUGUAUAUUGAAGACUAUUCGUAA